CUCCUCAGAGCAAUUUGGUCACACCAAGAAUGAGGAACACGAUACUAGGGCUUUAGACGGCCUUUAUUGCUCCUGUCCUCGCUCUAAUUCUGGUGUUUAGUGACGAACAGUUGUGGACAAGACAAUGUGAAAUAUCAUUGACUCCAAGCCGUUUUGUCUUGAACAGGUACAAUGAUGUCUCAACGAGGCCCGCCAUGCUCGUGAUCUCUGGCGAGUGGCUUUUCCACCUGGGACACCAUGAACUCCAUAGCUUCGGUGGGUCCCGUCAAUCCUCCCGUGGGUCCCGAGGACAAACCAAGCGAAGACGGCACUCAAUUACCUCUGGCCUUCGCUUGCGUGGAUCAUUGGUCGUGGAACCCAUCGGACAAGUCUCGUGAAGUCUUAUUGAACGGGCCCAAGGAUCGGAUUGCCCAUUUCCAUCCCAAUUGGAGCAAUGGUACGGCAGGGGUCCGAGGUACCCGUGUCCUCAACAACGCCCGCUACUAUUGGGAGAUCAAUGUCUUUCAACGCAUAUUCGGCACAAGCAUGAUGUUUGGCAUUGGCACCAAAGACGCCCGAUUGCACGUGGACGCGUUUGUGAACAUGCUUGGCGAGGACGACCAAAGUUGGGGUCUUUCACACAAGGGUUACAUCUGGCACAACGGGCGCUACAAGUACUACACAAGGCCAUUCCGGGAGAACGUCUCCACGACCAUUGGUGUGUUUUUCGAUGGUAUCAGUGGGACGCUCACUUACUACAAGGACGGUGUGAGUUUGGGCGUGGCAUUCACGGGCCUCCGCGACAUCAAGGAGCCCUUGUUUCCCAUUGUGUGCAGCACGGCUGCUAAGACAGAAAUGGGAUUGGGCAUGAUGAAACGGGAUUUCAUCUCUCUACUCGAUCGAUGUCGGUCGGUGAUUCUGCAGCAUUUGACCAAGGAAGAACAACUCGACGAAUUGUGCCUUCCCAAGUGCUUGAAGAACUACAUCUCGGAAGGCUUGGAAGAUUUCCAAGCUGAUGUGCAGCUCUCUCAGAACAACUUCACUCUCUAACUCUGCAAGCCCUCUCUCUCUCUCUUUCUCUCUCUGCCUGGAUCCUGGAUCUAUCAAACUCUCUAUUGAAUGAUCUCCCUUCAGGACUUUCCUCCUACCCAUCGAACUAUGACAAAAUUCUUGUACAUUUACUACAUACCAUCUACCUGAUCUCAAGUGAACCCUCUUACUCCCUCUCUUCUACUGAUUCUAUCCAAUUAAGCCUGGCAAGGACCAAAGCCCUUCCUAAUGCAGCUGGAAGCCAAAGAUCUUAAACAAUGUAGUCGUAACUAUGCUGUCAAUGUUGUGAACUCUCCCUGUUUCAUUGGGAUUUCCUCUGAUUCUCGCUUAGAUUUGUUUCCAUUCAUCAUCGAACUGGCCUGGUGUCAUUGGUGUGAUGACCACCCUGUCACCGCCAAUCAAUGCAAAAGUAGUUGCCGGCCUAAAGACGACCGAAUGCUUGGUAAAAUUGAGCUUUAAGCCCAUGUUGUCGUGUACAUAAAUCUCAUAUAACCUAACAAUGAUUGUCCCAUCUCCCACUCUUUGUGCUGUGAUAAGAGGUCAAAUCGAAUUGGUUCUCAAAAUCUUUCCCCUUUCCUUAGGACAAAUUCCCCACCGAAGAACCACCAACGAAAUGUAUGCCAACGAUUUCCUGUUCUUGUUUAUUUUGCCUUGUGUCAAAAGGCAUUCGAAUAUUUUGCCUUUGAUUAGUUCAAUUAUCAGAGUGAAUUCUGUUCUAUUCUGAAAAGGGGUUUCAUUGGGCAUUAAGUGUGAAUUUGUUGAAUGAUACGUUUCAUUAUUUGAUUUGAUCGUGUUCAUGUUUAUAAUCGAGAAUAGUUUACGUUCUCUUUGGGCCGAAAUGUGCAAUAUUUGGUAACCCACCCAACCUUUAGUUCUUCUUGUGUGACUCCUGCCGAUUCCCAUGGGGAACGAGUGUCAAAUCUAGUCCAAUGAUGUAUACAUGUUUAACUCGAACGAUUGAUUUGAUAGCGAGAGAAUGAUUGAGACCUGUUCGAAAGCUCAUGAAAAGCAGGUUUUUAUGAUUGACCCAAUUGUAUUGUCAUGAUUUAUGCACAGCACAUCAUCGACAAUUUGGUUUGUGCUUGAACUCAUCUUAGAAUCUAAUAAACGAAAAAUUCCGAA